AUGGAAAUGGUGAGUAAAGGAGUCGAUACAAAAUUUGAGCAGAUCCGGAGUGACUUCAGAGCUAUUGAUUUUUCAGGGAACAAAUUUUAUGGAAAGAUCCCUAAUUCUAUUGGAUUGUUGAAGGAACUGCGUCUUCUCAACUUGUCAGGUAAUGCAUUCACAAGCAAUAUACCUCAAUCAUUGGUAAAUCUGACAAAUCUCGAGGCGUUAGACCUAUCCCGGAAUCAACUGUCUGGUCAGAUUCCUCGAGAUCUUGGCAACCUCUCCUUUUUGUCAGUCAUGAACUUCUCCCAUAACAAGCUCGAAGGUCUAAUACCACGAGGCACGCAGUUUCAAAGGCAGAAUUGUUCAGUGUUCAUGGACAACCUCAGACUCUACGGUCUCGAAGAUGUAUGUGGAGAAGCUCAUCAUGCCUCGAAUCCUACACCACAAGAAUCAGAGAUUAUUCGGAGGCAGAAGAAGAAGUGA